GCAUCAUAGUUUGUCAGGGAACAAGCACAGAAGCUACUAACGGACAGGGAAGGAAGGUCAUUUCACUGAUCGAGUUUACAGAAUGGGGAUUAUAAAUAUGCAUGAUCUGCCGUUUGUAACAUGUGACCUUCAAGUGUCAAAAAACAACAAGAACCACCAUACUAUUGAUUUGAGCAAAGAAAAUCAUCUUUUCCUUAGAAGAGGGCAGGAAUUCACCAUAACCCUGAGAUUCCACAGUCCAACACGGCUCCACUAUAAGCAGCUGGAAGGGAUCACCCUCACUACAAAGACAGGACCCAACCCAUCCAAGAAAAAUGGAACCAAGAACAGUUUUCCAAUAUCCAGCCUUAGCGAUAAUAAAUUUUGGAGUGCAAAGGUUGUUGAUGCUCAGCAGGGAUUAUGGACACUAUCCAUCACCACUCCUGCAAGUGCCAUCAUUGGAAAUUAUACUCUUUCACUUAAAUCUAAAAAGCCAACUUCACUUUCUCAAGAUUUAGGAAGAUUCAUGCUUCUUUUCAACCCUUGGUGUAAAGAUGAUCCUGUGUUUCUACACAAUGAAGGGCAGAGGCAGGAAUAUGUCCUCAAUGAGGAUGGCAUCAUCUAUAUGGGCACGGAGAGCUGCAUUCAGCAACAUCCCUGGCAUUUUGGGCAGUUUGAAUAUGAAAUUGCUGAUGUCUGCAUCAAACUUCUGGACAUGAACCCAAAAUACCAGAAGGUUCCAAAGAAUGAAUAUCUUAACAGGAAUGAUCCCAUUUAUGUGAGCAGGGUUCUUGGUGACAUGAUAAGUAGAAAAGAUGAGGAGGACCGAGUAGCCUUCAUGGUAGAGAACAGAAGACCUUCCUAUGGCUUGAUAAGCAGUGUUCCAAUCCUACAGAAGUGGUUCCAGAAUGAAUUCAAAACUGUCUAUGGUCACCACUGGGUGUUUGCUGCAGUGCUGUGCACAGUGCUCCGUUGCCUUGGAAUUCCCACUCGACUCGUUACGAAUUAUAACUCAGCCUACGACACAAAUAGGACCUUGCAAAAGGAAAUCUACUACGAUGAGAAAGGAGCACGCAUUCACAGAGCAAGGAGUGAUAGCAUCUGGAACUUCCACGUGUGGAAUGAAUGUUGGAUGGAAAGGAGGGAUCUGUCCCCAGAAUACAAUGGAUGGCAAGUCCUUGAUGCCACAGCACAGCUGAAAUCCAGUGAGGCACUGUGUGUCAGCGGUCCAGCCCCCAUGAGAGCUAUUAAAGAAGGUCACGUGGAUCUGAAUUAUAACGUAGACCUGAUCUUCUCUAAGUUAGUAACAGACAACAUGGUGUGGGUGCGGAACCCAAAAUGUUUCAGUAAGGUGCUCUGUUGGGCCAGACAUGUGGGAGACAGCAUCAGCACCAAAAGUGUUGGGAGUGACAUGCAAGAGGACCUUGUCCAUCAUUAUAAAUACCCAAAAGGUUCAGCAGAAGAAACAGAAGUGUUGAGAAUUGUCACACAGACAAUGCUAAAAAACCACCAGGUCAAAGACAGCAAAGAGACUUCCCUUAGUCCUGCCACAGUGUCCAUAUCCUCACAGAACCUCCAGAUGUAUGGAGAAGACAUUCACUUUAAGGUGACAGUGGCCAAUGUGAGUUGGGAGGAGAGGGACUUCAAGAUGUUAGUGGGAGCCCAGCCUGUGCAUGAUCAUGGCUUCACUCAAGCACAAUUCUGGAAAGAAGAGUUCGCUUUUCACUUCAAACCAUAUGAAGGAUGUAAUCUUUCCAUCCAUUUGGACCACUCUUCCUACGAGGCCUGCCUCCUAGACAAUAACCUGCUUCGGAUCACUGCUUUGGUUAAGGAUCCCACUUGUGAGAAUGAUAAUGUGGCUUUGGCAGAGCAAGAUAUGACCAUCUGCAAGCCCUGCCUGUCUGUUCAGGCCCCAAGAGUCAGCUUGCAGUACCAACCCAUGACGGCCAUGAUCCAUUUCACAAAUCCUUCAGAAAAGACACUGUUGGAAUGUGUGUUAAGAGCAUCAGGGAAAGGGCUCCUGCACAGUGAGAGACAGUAUCGGUGUGGGAAUGUGGCACCAAGAGGAACAUUGCGUUAUCCAAUCACAUUCACCCCAACGCAGGUUGGGCCCAGGAGACUGUACGUUCAGCUAGAGUGCAGCAUAUUCAGAAAUAUAAUCGGCUUUCAUCAGUUUGAGGUCCUUCCAGCCAACAUCCAAGAAUGGUCCAACGAGCACUGGCAGGUAUUCCAGAAGGCUUCUGAAAGCACUCGUGCCGUUGGCCAUAUGGAUCCCGUUCUCUCACUCGACAUCCAAUUAGAAGAGUCGGUCUUCUAUGGGCAAGAUGUCACCAUUAAAGUGCAAUUAUCCAAUCACAGCAAGACCAAGAAAGACAUAUGCCUCAUUCUGUAUGCUCAGUAUGUGCACAGAAAUGGGAACUUCUGCCCCAACUUUUGGAAACAAGAACAUACUAUUUCCCUACAAGCACACGAGGAAAAAACAGUCUUUACCUGUAUUAUACCCUCGGAGUAUGGAGAAUUCCAGUGGGAGAGCAACCUAAUCAGACUCACUGGCUUAGCAAAGGAUGUGACCAGCAUGAUCUCGGCCAGCAGGCACGUGACUUUGUACAAACCCAACCUUUGCAUUCAGAUGCAGACGGAGGCACUGCAAUACCAACAGAUCACAUCCAUAAUCAGCAUCACAAACCCAAUACAGGAGACUUUAGAGGACUGUGUGCUGACAGUGUCUGGGGAAAGCCUUAUAUACAGGGAAAGACUAUACAGCUGCAAAAACAUUGACCCGGGCAGCACAGAGGCUUUCAAAAUCCGAUUUGCUCCGACGCAAACUGGGCCCCUGAAAUUUCAAGUAAGAUUUGACUGCAAACAGUUCUGUGAUGUGAGGAGGAGCCAAGAAGUGGGGGUCCUGCCUUGUACAAAUCCAUUUUUAAGUGGGUAGUGUUGCCCACAGUAUUGCCAUAUUACAGACCAGAUCACUUGAAAAUUCAGGAACACAUCUUAUAAAUACUUUGAAAAUAAACUGCAAUCCAUUCAGUCCUGCUAGCUGGAUUUUUUUAGACAUGUCCCUGUAUUUUAAAGUGAUCUGGUCACUCUAUAUCUAACUGCUGUUAAAGUGCUGCGCCUAUACUUCAUCAACUAGAAAGCUUGCCUGUGCUGUUUUUCUUUUUAUAACUGCAUCAUUUAUGUUUUUAACGUGGUUGUAUAUUUUAUAUGUGAUACUUAUUUCUCUGUGUGCCUACCUUUACUGCACUGCUGUACACAAUGUUCUGCAAACUGGCAGCAUUGCCUAUGGCUAAAGCCCCGAUUACCAAGAAAUAAAGCAGCUUUUGAUUCAUUCCACAACUA